GGGCGGGGCGGGGCGGCGCGGGGGGGUGGGAAGAUGGCGGAGGCGUCCCCGCAGCCCGGCCGCUUCUUCUGCCACUGCUGCGCGGCCGAGAUCGCCCCGCGCCUGCCCGACUACAUCUGCCCACGGUGCGAAUCUGGGUUCAUUGAAGAACUUCCUGAAGAGCCAAGGAACACUGACAAUGAGACCAGCUCCUCUACGUCAACCAGUGAUCAGAGCAGGCAUCCUUUUGAGAACGUGGAUCAGCACUUAUUCACCUUGCCGCAGGGCUACGGCCAGUUUGCCUUCGGGAUUUUCGAUGACGGCUUUGAGAUUCCGUUCGGGUCCAACGUGCAGUCGGAAGACAACCGGGACUCUGAGAACCGGAGGGAGCGAGAGCACCAGUCCCGGCAUCGAUACGGUGCAAGGCAGCCCCGGGCUCGCCUCGCCGCACGGCGUGCCGCUGGCAGGCACGAGGGCGUUCCCACGCUGGAAGGGAUCAUUCAGCAGCUGGUCAAUGGCAUUAUUGCACCAACAACAAUACCAAACCUAGGACUUGGUCCCUGGGGGGUCUUGCAUUCAAAUCCAAUGGACUACGCCUGGGGUGCUAAUGGCUUGGAUGCGAUUAUUACACAGUUACUAAAUCAGUUUGAAAACACUGGACCGCCGCCAGCAGACAAAGAAAAGAUUCAGGCCCUCCCCACCAUACAGAUCACGCAGGAACACGUAGAUUCUGGGUUAGAGUGUCCCGUGUGUAAAGAAGACUAUACAGUUGGGGAAAACGUCCGACAGUUACCUUGCAAUCACCUAUUCCACAACAGCUGUAUAGUCCCUUGGCUGGAACAGCACGACACGUGUCCUGUGUGCCGGAAAAGCUUAAGCGGACAAAACACUGCCACAAACCCCCCAGGACUCACAGGAAUGAACUUCUCCUCCUCCUCCUCCUCCUCUUCCUCCAGCUCACCAAGUAACGAAAACUCAUCGAACAACUCAUGAAUCUUAAUCCAUACCUCUGUCCCUGGGGCCCUGUCCAUUGUCCUUCCUCCCUCCCCAGCCAACGUAAGCAACAAAAGGGGCUUCCAGAGCAGAGCAAGGGGAGGGUAGCGAGGGGGAAGCUGCACCCCCAGAAUUCCCUUUUGAGUUCUGAAGACGCGGAGACUCUGGGUCCUUCAGAGAUGAGAAGCCUCAAGUUCUGUGAUGGGGGGGAGGAGCUCUGUCUAGUAAUAAAAUGCAUCCAUUUGCCGCGUGGACUUAAAACCGUUGCAGUGAAAGGCUGCUGUGCCCCACAGAUGGAAACCCAAGGUGCUGAGCUAGCGGUUGCAAUUCUGAAUGGAAAGGUUGUUUGUCAGAUUUUGAAUUUGAGAUUUCUUUCUUUCUUUUGCUCCUCCUCCUCCCCUUGGAUACUAUCUCUUCUGCUUUGGAGUUUGAAAUCUUUAAAACGAAAGCGUAACGACACUGCCUCCCUCCCAGGAUCUCCAGCUGGGGAGGGCAAUAGUUGUCACUGAAAAAAUGAACUCUUGAAAUAGAUCCCAUUAUCCUUCCCUUUCCCCAGCUCGACUCCCAUUUAUUUUUCUUUAUAACCUUGCCCUUCUGAUACUCGACACUGAAAGGGUUUUUAUAAUUUUAAAUUAUUACUGCUGUUUAAAUAAAUGGACGUUUCAGCUCAACGAGACGUUAUGCAUGAUUUGAGGAAAACUACAGGGUAAGCUCUCCGGAGACUGCUGUGCUGAGCCCUCCCGUCUCACCCAAGGGCAGGCCGGGCUUGUCCAAGCCCUCCCGGCAUGCUGAGUGUGCGUGUGCUGGGAGCUCCGGGCGCCAGGCUCCGACGCGGCCAGCACCCCUACGUGCAUUGCCAGCCCAUGGAUCGUUGGGCGGCUUGCCGCAGGAUUGCAGCUGAAAGCAUCCUUGCCUGGCCUUUUGUAUUUUUUACAUCUUCUCCCUGUUGCAGUCCUUCUCUCAGCUCGAUGGACUUUUCCACUGUGUUGACACCAGGACUGGGUGCGCAUCAGAGUGAGGACCAGACAAAUAUCAUUGUGAUCAAACAAUAGACAGGAAAACCAAGAUUUUGGAGGAAAAUGUAUUUCAAAGUUACUUAAAAUACAGCUGAUUAAAAAAGGAGAGAGACAACUA